AUGACUGUAUGUCUUCCAUUAUGCGGAUCAGUAGAUGAUGAUAAUAAUCCAACUUUACAAGAACAAAAGAGGAAAAGUAAAUUCUUAAUUAGUAGAAUUACUCCCAAUUCAGAACCACAAGCUUCUAUUGAAUCAGGUGAUUAUACCAUUCAUUAUUUAAUCACAAAUUCAAUCAUUUAUUUAUGUAUUUGUGAACGUCAAUAUCCAAGAAAAUUAGCAUUUUCAUAUUUAAAUGAAAUAUCACAAGAGUUUGCUAAUAUGCAUGGACGUCAAGCAUUAACUUCAAGUGCUUUACCAUUCGGUUUCAAUUCAUUUGAUAAUUUCUUACGUAAAACAAAGAAAGUUUAUCAAGAUCAAAGGGCUCAAUCUCAAUUAGAUAAAUUAAAUACUGAUUUAGCCGAUGUUAAAAAUGUCAUGACUAAGAAUAUUGAAGACUUGUUAUAUAGAGGUGAUACUUUAGAUAAAAUGAGUGAUUUAUCUUCAAGUUUAAAAAGUGAUUCUUUAAAAUAUAGAAAGAGAGCUCAAAGGAUAAACUUUGAAGCAAUGUUAAGACAAUAUGUGCCGGUCAUUGGUUUAGGUUUAGUGUUUGUAUUCUUAAUAUGGUAUAUGUUCCUUAGGAGAUAG